AUGAUCACUUCGGGAUUCCUUCAGGAGCCCCAGCAGGGUCAUGUCGCCCACAGCCCUUUAUCGGCGCAGUUUGUGACCGAGCCGGCACUUCUCGACGCGGUAAUGUUUCUUUCGGGCACCGCUGCCCCAGCCUCGUUGAAGAUGGCAACUGCCACCAGGCAGUACGGAGCCUCAGACCGCACCGAUCAGUCUGCCUACACAGUUGCCUUUGAUACCGGCGUUCCUCUAGCCAGUGUCUUUGAGCUACAACCCAGACUCCAGCGCCAGUUUGGCACUUAUCUCGAAUCCGUUACAAACGGCGACCAAGCCGGCACCCGCGAUGUGCUGAUGCGGGUGGACUGGGGCAGCUUGGGAAACGCCACGGUGGUGGACGUUGGCGCUCACUCGUCCGCUACAGCGGCUGGCCUGGUGGCUUUGUUUCCGACUCUCCAGUUCAUCGUACAAAUGUAUGAAGCUCCUUCAACCACCACACCCUCCUCUUCUGAUUUACCCCGUCUCCCCCACCUCCCUGCCGCCCUCCCACCGGUCCCUGGAAUCGGGUUCUCGGAUCACAAUGCCAAGGUCACCCUUCAGAAACGGUCUCUAGGGACCUCGCAACCGGUACGGAACGCCGCCAUCUACAUUCUACACCUCCCGUCUCCAACCCCAUCCCUCAGGUGGAGCACUAUCGCCAUCCACGCCACUGCAGAGCUUACCGCACACGUCGAUGUGCUGCGGGCCAAUCCAGGGUCCCGACUCAUUCUGACGGCCCUGGUUCUCCCCCCUCCAGGUACGGUGGACGUUGAAGUUGAGGCGACGGCACGGCUGCGGGAUAUUUCCCUGCUUCAGCUCUCCAACGGCCGCCACGCGGAAAAGGUAGAGGUGGUCGACCUCCUAAACGGUAUCCGCGAUAGCUCGGGAGGGUUUGUGGUCACGGAUGAGAUCCGAUGCCCAAGCAGCCCGUUUGUGGCGCUGGAGAUUCGAUAUCAGUCCUAUGAUGAUCUUAGGCGCUGA